CCCCGUCACGCUGCGUGACAGGCUGGUCACGCGCCUCCAUGAACGCGACCGACAUAAAACUGAGUCCCCCAAUCGCUGUCACGGCCAGCGACAAGCCGUCCCCUAACUCCGCCAUCCACGCCGCGCCCAACGGCACAGACGCAGCUGCCACCACCAACGGGCCCCUCUCACAGCACGACGUCAACGCCACCCACCCGCCCCCGAGUAAACUAGAGCUUGUACCUACACCACCCGAUAAUACACGCAGCUUGUCCACUUGUGCUGAGCUUUCUACCCCUCUCGACCCUGCCACCAUUCCCGUCCACCCUCCCCACGGUACGCCUCCUCCUCCUCAAGGUGAUCUCCUCGAGGACGUAAAAAUGGCUGAGCAGGGUGACAAAGCCACCUCUGCACCUGUUCCUACCCCAGCCUCGACCAAUGGCAUCAACGGGAUACACCACGAACAGUCGGAUGCAGACAUGGCUUCAACUUCUCAGGCAAAUGGGCAGGCUAGCUCGCCUACAGGAGAAACGAUGCCUAUGGACGCCUCCACCUCUACCGUUGACUCUGCGGGGCCUUCUACUUCCCAUACUACUCCUGCAGAGUAUUCCCCACGAGAACGGCCAGAUGCCGAUGAGGAUGAUGAGAAGCCACCCCCUGCCAAACGCGUGCUGAUUUAAGACUGCUAUGACCCUGAUGAAGACUGCAUCACCCCCUCCUGUAACAGCGUCGACUGUUCACUCCAAUGGCGAUACAGUCAUGGCUGGCCCGACUUCUCUCCCUACAUCGUCAUCAGCAGCUAGCGGCUCUCUUCCCCUCACGGCCGCGCAGCACAAGUACUGCAUGUCUACGGUACGGCAGCUCAAGAGGAUUAAAGACGCUGCUGCUUUCCUCUACCCCGUUGAUCCAGUUGCGCUCAACAUCCCCCACUAUCCCACUGUGAUCAAGAAUCCCAUGGACCUCAGCACAGUCGAGCGCAAGCUAUCGUCAUCGCUUCCCCAGAAGUCGGACCCUAACCCGGCUAAUCCACGCUAUCAUACCGCAGACGAGUUCAUCGCAGAUGUUCGGCUGAUCUUCAGCAAUUGCAUCACCUUCAAUGGUCCAGAUCAUGUCAUCUCACAAGCUGGUAAACACGUAGAGUCCGUGUUUGACAAGCAAAUCAAGCAGCUGCCCUCUGCAGUCCCACCUAAACCCCCUGUUGUGAAGAAACAAGCUACCCCUCCACCUCCCCCACCGCCCGUUAAGAAAGCAGCCCCCCCAAGACGACCCUCCGCCACUGUGCCCGUGAUCCGGAGAAACGAGUCUGAGGCUGUAGUCAGUCGUCCUAAGCGGGAAAUCCACCCUCCUCCCCCUAAGGACUUGCCUUAUGCCGAUGUCCCGAAGAAACUUCGGAAACCAAAACGGGUCAAGGAUGAUGGAACUGUGGAGCAGCUGAGGUUCUGUAGCAAGAUCUUGACGGACCUCCAUAAGAAGCAACAUUGGGCAAUUGCUCACCCAUUUUACGAACCAGUCGACCAUGUUGCGCUUGAUAUACCUUCUUACCCCAAGAUUAUCAAGAAGCCUAUGGAUCUAUCUACUAUGCGCAAGAAGCUUGAUAGUGGAGACUACCCGAACGUGAUGAAGUUCUACGAGGACUUCAAACUCAUGAUUCGAAACUGCUUCCUAUUCAACCCUUCUGGAACGCCCGUGAACCAGGCUGGUGUAGAUUUACAGAAGCUGUUCGACGAGAAAUGGAAGAACUUGCCUCCUCUGAAGGAAGAGGGUAGCGAUGAGGACGAGUAUGAGGAAGAUGAGGCAACGGAUGAGGAUCGUGCUCGUGCUAUUGCUUCUAUUGAAGCCCAGAUUGAGUCCAUGCGCGGCAAUCUCCUUGCAUUGAAGAACAAGGCGGUGCCAAAGGAGAAAAAGAAGAAGGAGAAGAAGGAGAAGUUAGCCCCCGUGGCUUCAACUUCAAAGUCCACUACUUCUAAGCCCAAGGCCGCCGCCGCCAGCAAUGGCUCGACCAAGCGCAAGAAGAAGUCUACUUCAAGCCAAGAGGACGAUACGCUCAGCUUUGAACAGAAGAAGGAUCUGAGUGACACCAUUAGCCGACUUGACGGUACCAAGCUCGAGAAGGUCAUCCAAAUCAUUCACGAAGGUGUUCCUGAAAUCCGUGAUAGUACCGAAGAGAUCGAGCUUGAAAUUGACCUUCUUCCUACGCACGUCCUCACCAAAUUGUACAAUUUCGUCAUUCGUCCUAUACGCGCCCCACCAGCCAAACGUGCUCGAACGGGUAAAGGCACGGGUACGGGCGGAUUGAAGCGGAAGAGCAUGGAUGAAUCUGCCGAAGCGGAGAAGAUUAGAAAGCUUGAGGAGCGGAUGAAACUCUUUGAGCAGCAGGGCAGCGCAUCCGCCCACUCGGUUCCUGCGGUGAUACACGAUGAUGACAGCGAGCGUUCGUCUGACUCCAGCUCGGGUUCCGACAGCGACUCUGCCUCGGAGUCAGAGUGAUGUUCUUUACUUACGCACUUGUGACCACUGUCUUGUCAUAGCUACUCUACUGAACUUUCGCGCUGAGUAUGUCCUGAGACUGUCACUACUAUUGUCUUUUUUCUCUUUUGCUUUCGCAACGUAUAUACAUACAGCUCAAAAUUAAACGUAACGAACACCAUCAAUUGUAGUUAGAACUAAUGUCUAGUAGCGAAUCACCUAUUCUGGCACGCAAGUUGCAACAUUGGGUAUUAUUCUAGCACCCAAUUCAG